GUUGUGUUCCGUGGAUGUGUACGCCAGACUUUUGAUUGAUUUUAGUUCUGUAAAUGAUUUUGAAUAUAGUUUGCACCGUAUAAAUAGUGGUUAUAUAUCCAAAUAUUAUAAUAAGGCAACAGCAUAAACAGUCCGACAUUUCAGGAUACGGGGAUUUAUUCGAGGCUGUGUAUUCGUGAGAUCGGGUAGCUACUUAGCUACCCGAGGUACCUAGCUAACAUAGCUAGCUCGUUUGCCAGUCUAGGUCUGUGUCUUGUCGCUGAUUGCUUAAGGUCGGCGUGUGAUUUAAUUUAAAAAAAAUCUUCUUUGGUUGCCGUAAACAUUGUCUCAUUCUCUGAACCAAGUCAUGGCAGUUGUCAACGAAAGUGGACUCAAGAAAAUGCUGUCAAAGCAAUACAAGUACAGAGACCUGACAGUACGUGAAAUUACCAACGUGAUUUCCCAGUACAAGGAUUUGAAGCCGCUAAUGGAUGCCUACGUUUUCAAUGACGGUUCCACCAGAGAGCUGAUGAGUCUGACAGGAACGGUGCCAGUCAGUUACAGAGGAAAUGUGUACAACAUCCCAGUGUGCCUCUGGCUUCUGGACACCUACCCCUACAACCCCCCCAUCUGCUUUGUGAAGCCCACCAGUGCCAUGAUGAUCAAGACUGGCAAACACAUCGAUGCCAACGGCAAGAUUUACCUGCCCUACCUGCACGAGUGGAAGCAUCCCCAGUCAGACCUGUACGGACUAAUCCAGGUGAUGAUCGUGGUGUUUGGGGAGGAGCCUCCAGUAUUUUCCCGCCCCACAACGCAGAGCCCUUUCCAGGCAUCUGGACCCCCCAAUGCGUCCUACAUGCCCGGUAUGCCAGCGGUGUCGCCUUAUGGGCCCGGGCAUGCUGCCAGCCCAGGUGGGUACCCUGGCUACCCUGGUUACCCCAGUGGAAACUCAUACCCUGCCACAGCUGGCGCAAAUCACUACACCUCCCAGACUCCUAUCACAACUGUUGGCCCCAGCCAGGACGGCACCAUUGGGGAGGACACCAUCCGCGCCUCUCUGAUCUCAGCGGUGAGCGAUAAGCUGCGGUGGCGGAUGAAGGAGGAGAUGGACCGGGCUCAGGCCGAGCUGGACGCGCUCAAGCGCACCGAGGAGGACCUGAAGAAGGGCCACCAGCGCCUGGAGGACAUGGUGUCCCGCCUGGACCAGGAAGUGGCGGAGGUGGACCGGAACAUUGACCUGCUGAAGAAGAAGGACGAGGAGCUGAGUGCCGCCCUGGAGAAGAUGGAGAACCAAUCGGAGAACAACGACAUUGAUGAUGUCAUCGUUCCCACUGCGCCCCUCUACAAGCAGAUCCUCAAUCUGUAUGCAGAGGAGAACGCCAUCGAGGAUACCAUCUUCUACCUGGGGGAGGCGCUACGCCGCGGGGUCAUCGACCUGGAGGUCUUCCUCAAGCACGUGCGGCUGCUGUCGCGGAAGCAGUUCCAGCUCCGAGCGCUCAUGCAGAAAGCCCGCAAGACGGCCGGCCUCAGCGACCUCUACUGAGUCACCUCCACUCACCUCCCACAAUGCACCUCUUUUUAAGACAGGACGGUCUCUCUCAUUUGUGAUUUCUUUUCCCUCUUCUUUUUUGAGUUUAUCUGCACCCCCCUCCCCCAACUCCUCGCCCUCUCCAAUAUGUCACAUUUGGGUGGGGAGGUCAUACCAAGCCCGCUCUCCCACCCCCUCCUCUUUGCUGUUUGGUGGAAGGUGUUCUAAUCUUCUCAGCCAAAUAUAGCCGACUUUUGGGCGCAGAAAACCGAAUAAUCAAACGGUAUCUGCUUCAAAAACAGAUUUCUGAAAUGUAAAGUAGAAUAAUGGCUCUGGGGGAGCAGACAAAAGGAUUGUAGGUUGACCAGUGGCCAGAGUGCAGUCCAGUGAUUUAUAAGCAUUAGCAGCGCGUCUUGAUUGGUCGGCUGACAGGUUACGUGAACACUAACUCUGCCCUACUGCAGGAAGCUGAAGCUCUUUACUGCAGGAAGCUGAAGCUCUUUACUGCAGGAAGCUGAAGCUCUUUACUGUAGGAAGCUGAAGGUUCUUUACUGAAGGAAGCUGAAGGCUCUUUACUGCAAGAAGCUGAAGCUCUUUACUGCAGGAAGCUGAAGCUCUUUACUGCAGGAAGCUGAAGGCUCUUUACUGCAGGAAGCUGAAGGCUCUUUACUGAAGGAAGCUGAAGGCUCUUUACUGCAGGAAGCUGAAGGCUCUUUACUGCAGGAAGCUGAAGGCUCUUUUGGGGAACAGAGAGAAUUAUGGUCCCUUGAGUGGGUAAACUGCAAAUGUCAUUUUUACUGGUUAACUUGGCGAAGAGUCACUGCUUUCGGUUGCUGUCACCCAGUCUCUGCUAAAUGUCUCUGGACCUGGUGGCAAAAAAAAACAAACAAACUAAGAACUACACAUGCAGCUCUUUUGCAGCACUGAACCUAACUGACACUGUAACGUCUGUGGGGCAAUGUGGGGUUCAGACGCAGUGUGGCGGUGUGGGGUUCAGACGCGAUGUGGGGUGGAUGGGGGUGCAGUGUUGGGUCUGUCAGCUCCGCAUGCCUGCCGCUGGGUCACUGGGCCGCUGGGUCACUGCUCUUUGGAAAGGGAGCCUGUGCCGCCGCUGAGGAAAGGUUACUCAGUAUAAAUUAUGCGCCACAACCUUUCAGGAUGGACAGGAGAUAUAUGCUACUUUCACCCUCUGGUUUUUAAAAUGUAGGACUUGCUGCUCAAACUUGGGGACAUUGUUCGUUUUGGAUGCCCUGAGCUUCUGUUUGAGGAUGGUUGAGCCAUUGACAUCACUUCCUGUGUUGCGUUUAGACUUCCUGUGACCAGCCUUGUUGCCUGCAGGAACUGGAUAUUGCGGAGUUGAUUGUGCAGCAGUGCGUUAUUCCUGGUUUGGGCCUGGUUAAGGCACUUAGGCUGUGUGCAGUCCUUGUGUGUCAGUUUCACCUAAAUGCACACAUGCUACUGUAAAGCAUGGAGCAGUGGGUCACAUGGUACAAGGCAGAGUCAAAGUCCUCAGAAGGAAAGGUGUAGUUUUUCGUAUGAAGUUGCCAUUUUAUUUUUCUGUCUUUUUUAUUUCAUUUUUAUUUACAAUCUUUUUUGUUUCUGUGUUCUUGUUCUUUAUAGACAGGUAUGGCAAGUUCUUAUUCUCUCAGAUCUUGCUGUUAAGGGAUACUUUUUUCUAGUUCAGGAUUAAUGUCGAAGACUAAUACCAGAUUAAAAAAAUUUAACUUCCUCCAAUCUAACUUAUAUCAGGUGAAUAAUAUCAUAUUUUGCAUUUGAACUUUUACUAAAUGCACUUUGUUGGACAUGUAAAAUGGAAAUAUUGUUGUUGGGGAUCCUAUUUAGAAAUAAAAAAAUAAUUUCCAAAA